UCAACCAAAAAUACUUCACCGGAAUAAAAAAUCAAUGGCGUCCUCAUACAAGAAAUACGAGAUCAGAAAGCGAGACCCAAACCCUAAAGCCGCCGCUUUAUUAGUGAUCGACCUGCAAAAUUAUUUUUCCUCCGUGGCAAACCCCAUCCUCCCCAACGUCAUCACCACCAUCAACCUCUGCCGGCGGGCUUCGAUCCCCGUUUUCUUCACUCGCCACAACCACAAGUCCCCCGCCGACUACGGCAUGUUGGUGGAGUGGUGGAACAACGACCUCUUAUUCGACGGAACCUUCGACGCUGAGCUGAUCCCGGAGAUCCAACGGCUGUCGAAACCCGACGAGGUGGUCGAGAAACACACGUACAGCGCGUUCGAGGACACGAGGCUGUACGGGUUGUUGGCGGAGAGAGGGGUGGAGGAGGUCAUAAUCGUAGGGGUCAUGACCAACAUGUGCUGCGAGACGACGGCGCGGGCGGCGUUCGUGAAAGGGUACAGGGUGUUUUUCUCGACGGACGCGACGGCGACGUCGGACCCGGAGCUGCACGAUGCUACUUUGAAGAACAUGGCCAACGCGUUCGCGUACCUCGUCGACUGCGAGAGGCUUCAGAAUGGGAUGAAAUAGGUUUCGUUUACUAUGGCCAAGAAAUUGCUGAUUACAGCUAGCAACUAUCGAUUUCAUGGCCAAUUCUGUGAAGCAUCUGCAUUCUUCUGAUGUAUGUGAUUGAGUGGUCUAGAAUAAACUGAGUUAUAAUAAUAGUUCACCAAUUAUACAAGUUAAUAACAGUCACACAUAGACCUAGAAGUAUUGUUUUUGUUUAUUUUAAUACUUAGUACCUCUGUUCAAAAUUUUAGUCACACAAGCAUCUGGAUUCUUUGGGAAGAUGG